AUGGGCUUUGUUUUCAAGCGAUCCAACUGCAGCUCAGCUAAACAGGUGCAUAGAUGCACAGCAACAAAGCUCCUUUCACCUGAAGCUGCCAAUUUCCCAGCUGCUUCUGAUCUUCACUUGGUGGUGAACACAAGCGGUGAAUUCAGCAUUAUGGCAUACACAACGCAACAGUUAGGUUAUAUUGUUCAUGGAGACAAAGAAGAUGCCAUGCAACUUGCUGCAUUUUACGGGCAUUACGUUUGUGUUCUGUUAACAGCUGCCGUUCAACUGAAAGGCACAAGCGAAAAAGCGGGUAUCGCUGCUCUUCAAGUUCUCAGCGCGGAGUAUGCACAUAACUCUCACAAUCAGCAUCACUCUGGUAAAACCGACAUUUGUCAGUGUUUGUCAUCUUCGGAUAACCAACCUAAUUUUGUUGCAGCCUGGUUACUAACAGGCUAUCCAGACACACCAGCAAAACUAGCAGGACCGUAG